AUGAGGUGUUUUCGUGCUUCCUGCUGCGCGCCGCCGUCGUGGUUGCGUGCGUGCUCGAUGACUGCAAGCGUGUCAGACACUUCCGGUCUUGUCAUUGUGCGUGAGUCGCCUAUCGACAACGUGGUGAUUCUCGAGAUGAACAACGGGAGCGCCAACGUUCUGACCCCCGAGUUCAUGUCAGCGUUCCUGAACAAGCUUAACGUCCUGUGCGACCCAGACAAGUCGAAGUGCAGUGGUAUUAUCCUCACAUCCACGAAAUCCGGUGUCUUCAGCGCCGGCCUUGACCUCAACGAACUCAGUACGAACCUCUCGCAGGAUCGAUUUGCGCACUACUGGAGCCAGUUCCAGAAGCUCUUCACCACCUUGCACGCGCUCCCGAUACCACUGGUGAGCGCCAUUAACGGGCACGCUGCGGCAGCCGGCUGCAUAGUCGCCCUCGCUUCGGACUACCGCGUCAUGGCAAGGCGACAUCCUACAAAACCCACCAACUUGACUAUUGGCAUCGCCGCCUCUAAGCACGGCUUUGUUGUGCCGUCUUACGUGGCUGCCUCGAUGGAGCACGUCGUGGGAUUUCGCAAAGCUGAAGAACUGCUCUGUAUGGGCUUACUGCUGUCCGCCGACGAGGCCUUGCAAGUCGGACUUGUAGACGAGGUCGUAGAGCACCACGACGAGGCUGUUGUGCCGUGCCUGCAGUUCAUGGAGAAGCUGCUGGAGCUCCCCUCCCCCGCACCAUAUUGGAUGAUCAAAGAUAUGUCACGUCGCCACAUCCUUGCCCCACUGUGCACUCCCGCUCUUCGAACUCAGGACACGGUCAACUUCUACAACCUCUUCAGCAACCCGCAGGUGAAACAGAAGUUAGCGGAACAUGCACACAAGUUCGCUAAGAAGUAG